CAUUAUUGACAGCGCAGUUAGUCAAUAAAUAAAAAAAACUUUAAACAAUGCCUUUCGUGUUUCAGUUUUAAACUCCAUAAUAUGAAGGUGAUAGUUGCCGGAUUUUCCAAAACAGGAACUAAGUCAAUGCUUGCAGCAUGCAGGGAGCUUGGGUAUAAUACUUACGACUUCAUGGAAAACUUUUGGUACCUCGGUAAUGAUUGGAACAAAAUAAUGACAAGUGGAGGGACGACCGAAGAUUUUAAAAGAAUGUAUGAAGAUGUAGAUGCAUGUAUUGAUGCACCCACAUUUUGUUAUUGGGAAGAAAUUCAUCAAGCCUUUCCAGAUGCAAAAAUAAUAUUGACACUCCGCGAUGAAGAAAGUUGGUAUAAAAGUUUUGCAAAGCAAAUGGAAACUCUUGAUCGGAAUAUUGUGCUGAAAAUAAUGUUCAUUUUUACUCCGAUCGGAUACCGGAUGUUUAAUUUUUUUAAAAACCUUAAUAGAGUGGCUUACUCAACCUACACUUCCCGUCCACGGAUGAAUAUGAACGUAUCGAACGAAAUGUUACUAAAGCAACUUUAUCGAAAACACAACGCCCAUGUUCUUAUGAAUGCUCCGAAAGAAAAGUUGCUUGUUUACAAUGUGAAACAAGGAUGGAAACCGCUGUGCAAAUUCCUUGGCAAACCUGUCCCGAAGUCACCUUUUCCACACAAAAAUAAAAAUGCAAGUCUAUAUGAUGAAAUGAUGGCUGAAAAUCCAAUCGCACGUCGUGGGUUUACUGAGCUCACACUUACUACACUUGGAUUUGCAAUUUUCGUUAGUUUACUGUACUUGUUAAAUUCUCGCUAUGAAUUUCUGGCAAAAUUUAUUCCUUUAAAAAGGUUGCUUCAAAGAUUUCUGUAGCUUUUUAGCAACCCGUUAAGUAGGGAUAUAUAUUUUAUUUAUAAUAAAUCAUUUCUAUUGUUUUGUCUAUAAUUUUUUGAAUUGUAACGUUAAUUUAUGCAAAAGGCUCACGUAAUGGUAAGGCCAAUAAUACAAAUUACAAACAUUUAAAAAAUAAUUGUAAGAUGGUCAAGACAAAUAGACUCGAUAACAAUAACAGAAUGUCCCCAAACAUAAGCAAAAUGAAUCUUCUAAAUGGUCUUAAUCUGUUAUGAAAUAAAAGCUAUUCCGCACAUUGGUGCAUGCAAGCGUAGAUUUUGAAAACAAAUUCGUAGAAUUUCCCCUACAUCUAUUCCAAGACCUGAAUGUAUUUUAGGCCUACUUUCACAUGGUAUUGUGGCUGAGGCGUUUACAUCGUAACUGUAAGGUGUAGCUGAUAGAUGCUCCUAUUGCUGAUUUGAAUUGUCGUACGUGUCCUUCAAAAAUACACUAACGGAAAAUG